AUGACACUGGAAGAUUUCUUUUCAAAGACCAAGAUGAAGGAUGGUCUCACAGACCUGUCACGAGUUGAGGAACUAAUCAAUGUAAUGCAGAAGGAGAAACAUAGUGUUGUGAAGAACAUUGGUGAUGGAACCAGGCAGUGGGCUGCUAUUGCAAAUGCUAUUGCUGCUACUGAGAGCAGAGAUUGUCUUGACCUUUUUGUUAAAUUAGAUGGACUAUGGUUUAUUAAUAGGUGGCUGAAGGAUGCUCAAAAGUUUUGCAAUGAGACUAAUGAAAGUGGUGUAGAAGAGUCAAUUACUGCAAUGUUGCAAGCGCUCGAAAAGCUACAUAUUGACAAUGAGCGUUCUAUUUCUUCUGGGAUCUGGAUUACUGUCAAGAGUCUUCUUGACCACGGUAGCUCUCAGGUUCAGGAUAGAGCCAGAGCACUAUUUGAUAGCUGGAAGAAGGGUAGAGUUAGUGAUGCAGUUGACCAUGAAGUUGAUAGUGUUGGGCCUUGUCAUACUGAGGGGGUUGCAGUCAGUUCAGUGGAUGUUGAAGAAAGUAGUCAGUCAAAAUGUUCCGCAUUAGAUGUUCCUACUGAAGCUAGUUUUAAAGAAGAAAAUGGUGGAGCAGAAAUUUCGCCAUCAAAUUCAGAAAGUCUUAGACAGGAAAAGGCAGAAGAGGUUCAGACCCAAACCCAGAAUAAUGAGCAACAUUCUCUCGUAAGUUUGGACCAAACUAACAUUGAGGAUAAACCUCCAGAUCAUCUGACCUCAUCUGUCUUGUCAAACAAUUCGGUUCUAGAAGGUACUUUAAUCACAGAGAAAUCCCCAAUAAGUACAGUUGAAGGGAUUUCGUGCAUUGAGAUUUGUAGUUCUCCAGUUCCAAAACAAAGCCAUGAUGAAGAGCAGUUGGAUGAUCUGAAGAUGAAUGAGUUCACUAAUGAUGAAAAGCAGACCCAAAAGGUGAGCAGCUUCUCAGACAAAUUCCGUGUGACGGUGGGUGCCUCUACUUCUAAUUUAGUGGACUCUAGAACUGUUUCCUCUGGUGCGGAUGUCGCAAAUGCUCGUGAGAUUGUGACAGAAUCCGCUCUAGAAAACAAUUUUGACAACAAAGAGGAUGAAUUACAUAUAAAAGCUACUGCACUCAGUGAUGUGAGAACGCUUGUAUCCGAGCUUAAUAGUGGGAGAGAUGAUAUGCCUGCUGCAAAUAGUUACAGUAGACAGUUGUUGAAGACAACAGGUGAAGAUGAUGAAUGUCAUUCUGAUGCGAUGCAGGAUUCAUCGGGUAAUGAGUGUAUAUAUGGAAAACACAAGGAUUUAGAGACUUCUUUUUCAAGAAUAAAAGGAAUUGGUGCAAUUGAUGAUGAUAAGGAGCAUACUAGUGAUGAAGGUUCUGAUUCAAGAAAUGAUUGUGAUUUUUCGAAAACGUCAAUGGGUAGCCGGAGUCCUGAGGUGAAUAAUCAACGGAAAUCUGAUAUUGAACUUGAGUAUGGCAUAGUUGAUGCCUUAGCAGUUGCCCGAAAAGUUGCUCAGGAAGUGGAAAGAGAAGUUGUAGACUAUAGAGAUCGGUCGUUCAGUUCUUCUGAGAAAAUUUCAGAUGGUGGCUUUAGACGGCCAGAUAGCCCAGAUUCUAUAAAUGGAAAGCAGGAUCUAAUUAACGAGGUCCCACCAAAUGAGGUGCCAACUGGACAAAAUUAUUCUGCUGGGGCAUAUCCUGAGGGUGAGGGCCAUGUAAUUAAUUCAGAUAAUGUUGGAACUGAACGAGAAAAUGGUAUAGCUGACAUGGAAUGA